AUGGACCCCUACUUGGUGACCGCGCUACUCGCCCUGCCGAUCCUGUAUUCGGUAUGGAGGAACUUCCUGACGAUCAGGACUUUGUCGCGCAUACCGACGGUUGGGGGACCCUCCAUUCCCAUCCUGGACUUCAUAGGCGCCAUUCGCUAUCUUAUGCAUAGCGACGUGAUACUUUGGGAGGGUUAUCAAAAGUACCGAAAUGGCGCGUUCAAGCAUCGUGAUGUAGACGGGUGGCACGUUCUGGUCAGCGGGCCGAAGCUGGUGGAGGAGAUGUGCCGUGCUCCGGAGAACGUGUUGUCCCUCAUCGAGGCAAGCAAAGACGCAGUCCAGACGGAGUGGACGCUCGGACCGAGUCUUGACCGGGUUGCAUACCACAUCCCAAUCAUCCGUAAUCAAUUCACGCGUGCAUUGACUCCGUUAUUCGGCGACAUGCACGAUGAGAUCGUGCGCGCGUUCGACGAUAAUAUCCCGAAGGCAAAAGACUGGAUUAAGGUUCCGAUGCUACCUACGAUGAUGGAGGUCGUCUGCCGAACGAGCAACCGACUCUUCGUUGGGCUCCCUCUCUGCCGGGAUCGUGACUAUGUCGAGCUCAAUAAACGUUUCACGAUUGACGUGUUCGUCGGUGGCCAAAUCAUCCGUCUCUUCCCGGAUGUCCUGAAGCCAACGGCUGUCCGGCUUCUCACCAAGGUACACAGUGGGAUCCAGAGGGGCACGAGGCAUCUCCAGCCGCUCAUCGAGGAACGCCUGCGAAUGAUGAAGGAGCAUGGCAAGGACUGGCCAGACAAGCCUAACGACAUGCUGCAAUGGGUCAUGGAUGAAGCGGAGGGCGAGGAGCUCCAGGUAGACCGUCUUGUUAUCCGAAUCAUGACUAUCAACAUCACGGCGAUCAAUACGUCCAGCAUGACAUUCACAAACGCGAUGUUCUACCUGGCUGCACAUCCGGAAUGGCUCAAGCCACUGCGCGACGAGGUCGAGGAGGUCACCAAAGCAGAAGGCUGGACGAAAGACUCGGUGAACAGAUUCGCCAAGAUCGACAGCUUCUUGCGGGAGUCCCAACGCUACUGCGCCCUCGGAACUAAGUCGCUCCGGCGCACCGCCAUGCAGGACUACACCUUCUCUGACGGAACAUUUAUCCCGAAGGGAACGAAGGUCGCGAUCCCGAUGCACGCGAUCCACCAUGACGAGGACAUCUACCCGCACGCGGACGUCUUCGACCCGUGGCGCUGGUCCGAGAUCCGCAAGGACGACACCGAGGCGACAAAGUUCCAGAUGGUCAGCACAGGUCCCGAGCAUGUCGCUUUCGGACACGGGCGGCAUGGAUGCCCCGGCCGGUUCUUCGUCGCGAGCGAGCUGAAGGCGAUGCUCGCGCACCUGGUGCUGAACUACGACAUCAAGAUGGAGAAGGAGGGCCAAGUCCCGCCCGUGCGCUGGUUCGGCACUCGCCUGUACGUCAGUCGAUCGGCGGAGGUUAUGUUCCGCAAGAGACAGACGUGA